CAGCGCGCUGUAUUUACGCUCUGUAUUACGCGUGUAUCGGCACAAGUGCUUCUUCUAGGAUUGAUUCAAUAAAAAAUCGCUAAAAAAAAAAGAAGUUAAGUUGGCGGUAAAAUGUCUCAGGCGAAUAUAAAGAAGAGGAAAGUGGACAGAGAUGAGCAGGAUGAAUGGUAUUUUGGAAGCUAUUCUGAUGUGAGUAUACAUGAGGAGAUGAUUGCUGAUACAGUGAGGACUGACUCCUACAGAAAAGCCAUAUUUAAUAAUAAAGAUGAGAUAGAAGGCAAGGUGGUGCUGGAUGUGGGUGCGGGCACUGGGGUGCUCAGUGUGUUCUGUGCCCAGGCUGGUGCCAGGAAGGUGUACGCAGUAGAGGCCAGCAGCAUUGCAGAUCAGGCUGUGAAGAUCAUCAGGCAGAACAAACUGGAGGACAAAGUGGAGGUGAUUAAAGGUGCACUGGAGCAGGUGGAGCUACCUGAGCAGGUGGAUGUUAUUGUGAGUGAGUGGAUGGGUUAUGCCCUUCUGCAUGAGUCCAUGCUCAAUUCGGUGAUCUUCGCCAGGGAUCGCUGGCUCAGACCUGGAGGGUUGAUGCUUCCCAGCAAGGCGGAGAUCUUCAUCACACCCAUUAGUGACAUUUUAGUGGAGGAGCGGCUCAGUUUCUGGAGCACGGUCAAAUCCCAAUAUGGAGUCGAUAUGUCAUGCAUGAUGGACUUUGCCCGAAAGUGCAUCCUGAGCAGUCCGGAAAUCAACAUUAAACCGGUCUCGGUGGAGGACGUUUUAUCACACCCGGCCAAAUUUGCAGAGAUAGACCUGACUACUGUUACCACAAAUCAGCUGAGCAACGUAACUGGAUGUUUCCGGGUUCUUUCUUUUGGUUCUGCCGGUCUGAGCGCCUUCUGCAUUUUCUUCACUGUCACCUUUCCAGGCUUGCGACCUCUGGUCCUGUCCACUUCUCCGUUUAAGCCAGAGACGCAUUGGAAACAGGCUGUGCUGUAUCUAGACCAGCAUGUAUAUGUCAACCAAGAUACUGUGGUUGAAGGAGAAGUGAAGAUGUACCCAUCUGAAGAAAGUCCCAGACAUAUAUGCAUCCAUGUCGACUAUACAAUAGGAGACAAGAAAAAAAGAUCAAAGACAUUUUCCAUCUCUGAUGGAUAUACAAAUCCAGAGCAUCACUAGAGACCCUUUUUUUUUUUUUAUUGUGUUUGGAUUGAAUCUGUUCCAACUGGCUUUUAAUAAAGUACAAACUAAAUGAAUAAAUAACUAGUUAAAACACAACUUUUAGUUUAGUCCAUCCUUGACCUGGCAUGCCAGUAUUGGUAUAAACACUGUAUGGCCAACAUUUUGUAAACAACCCUUCUAAUUAACAAGUUCAGGUGUUUUAGCCACACCCAUUAAUGCUAAGCUUUCAACUUCCAAGCCCUUUUCUGAGCUUCACUGGCUUGUACAGAGCCCAGACCCCAAACCCAUUAAACACCUUUAGGAUGAAUUGGAUGAAUCAGUUGUGAGCCAGGUCUUCAUCAAAAUUGAUUCCUGUCUAUACGAGUGCUAAAUGACUAAAUGGGCACACCCCAUAAUACCAAAGAUAAAAAGCUUCCUAAAGGAGUGGAGACUGUUAAAGAUUUAAAGGUGCUUUAGUUUUGUACUAAUGCCUAUGCUUAAGGUUGCAUGUCCACAUAGUUUUGGCUAUACUCUGUGUGUGUUUGUAUAGGUUUUGUUUUGGUGGUUUGUUUUUCCUGUGUCCACAUGGGAUGUUUUGUUUGAUUAUUCCAGCUUCCUCUCAUAAAUAUGCAAAGGGUGGCUUAGCUGCCCUAAAUAUCUCCCAGAUGUAAAUGUAUGAGAAGGUGAGCGUGUGUGUGAGUAAAUGGGGAUGUGUUACCCUGUGAA